AUGGUUUUGGGCAGUUCAGUUUUUCUCACGGUGAGGAAAACACCAAUAUCCAGUUACCAGUCGAGCAGCUUGUGGUGUUGUUUGGAUAGCAGCGUGAAGGAACGGAAGGAACGUGAGAGUGGAUAUUUCUCUCUGGGAAAGGCUGCGGGCAGCAGAGCUUUCCGUGAUCAAAGCCCUUCUGCUCCCUAUCGGCAUUCUGAGAGAGGGCAUCCCCUGCCUAGCAACAAAAGCCCCGAACCCAAAGCCACCAUUCCAUUUCGAAACCCGGGUCUGGGCAUACCUUCUAAAAGGAGGACCUCUGAGUUUCAGAAUGGCGAGCAGCUUGCAGAAAACUAUCCUCCGCAGUAUCCUCCAGAGCCGCUGGAUCUCAGCCUGGAGGUCGAGGCCCUCGCAGGUCCCCGGGCCCUGAGUCCCACCCCUUUCAAGCAAGCUGAAUCGUUUGGUGCCUCCAGUCGAAGAGGUGGACGAAAUGCCCAGAUGUCCCCCUUACGGCAAUCAGGAACGCUCAACUCUUCCCAAAGAGGUUCUGGUCUCACCCGUUCCUCUUCUCCCUCCCGUAGUACCUCCCCGUUCAGACGGGCCGAGUCCAGCUCCUCUCUCAACACGGUUGGCUUUCGUUCUAGCGGAGAUUCACACGGACAAGAUCAGGCAUCGGUCAGCCCGGCACGGAACAGUUACUCUGGAAACCUCAGAUCGUUUGCAAGCACUGCGGGCAAUGUCAGUAGCAUCAAUAAGUCUCUGUCGUACAUGGAUCUGAGAGGCACUUUACGGAAACCCGAGACCAACAGCUCCUUCAUUGGGUCUACAGAGAACCGUGGAAGCUCGUCCCCUUCCAGAUGGAGUUAUGACAGUCCUUCUGUUAGGACAAACGAAACGAAAAUCCCUUCUUAUGAGCGUGGUCAUGACAGACAGGGAUUCUCCUCCUCCUCCUUGAAGAGCCGCUAUGAUUCCAGAAGCCAGUCCCCUGUGGGGAAGCUGGAGACGAAUGGCUCAUCAAGUCAGAUUCAAAAGGGUCGACGAAGUGCGUCUCCAGUCAGAAAGGGCUACGGAACACCAAGCCAAUCGGAUAGAAGAUCCAUGUCUAAUGGAUGGAGUUAUGACAGAAAAAGCCCCUCCCCAUCCAGAAAAAGCUAUGAGAUGCAAAGCCAAGCCACAAAGAAGAAACCAGAGGCAAAGAGCUCCCUUCACAGCUACAAUCGAGACAGCCGACACUCUUCCCCAAGUAGAGGUCAUCACCAAAACCCUGGCCCAUUAUUGCUUCGUAAGUCCAAAACAAGCCAGUCCACAUCAAACUGUGGUCCCAAGAGCUGCAGUCCCUCCCCCUUAGCUCAUAGCCAAUCUCCUCCUCGCAAGUCAGAGAGUGGGCGGAGCCCCUCUGUGUCUACAUUGAGGCGUGAGAUUGCAGACUACGUCCCUCUGAGGAACACUAUGAGUGACAGAACUGGCUCCGCCUCUUACGUAAGAAACACCAUGAGUAGCCAAUCACAGCACGAUUCAAACCCUUCAUCAGGUCGUUGGAGAGGCUCCACCCACUCUCUCCACAGCCAGUCAGUCUCACGUAACUCCUCCCCAUCUCGCCACAGCAGCGAGAAGAAACAAAUCGACUCCUUUACCAAAUCUGCCUCUGUUGCCUGGGAACCGCCACAAGACGGAAACAAGAGGAGCAGCAUGAGGCAGAACCCAGAGGUACAAAGCUCCACGCCCAACAGCCGACGAGCACAGAGCCGACACAGAAGCCCCUCCCCUCCGGUCCAAAGACACACGUCUUCUCAGAGCUCCAUGGACUCCAAGUCAAGUCAUCUCUCGGCCGGGUCAUUGGGUCUCAACCGGGAGGAGUACACCAUGAUGGAUGACCUUCCCAAGGCCAAAACGGUCAUCCAGAGGGAGGGUCCGAGCCACCUAAGGAGGAUGGAGAGCAGACAGAAACAAGAACUUUCCCGCUACAAACCGGCCAGUCACUCCCAGAGCAAAGCUCCUCACUCGGAAUAGGAUAGGUACACUAUCAAGGGUUCACUCGUCCAGCUCCCUACACACACAGGUAAAUAAACAUACACGUCC